AUGUUACCCUACAUCAACGCUCCAUUUCAGCAUGUUGCUGGUAUCCUAGGAGCUACAACAGAUGAGCUCAAGCUCAUAGGAUCUUUCCUCCUCUCGUAUCCGCUGGCUGGCUUACUCAAGCGUGUCCCUGAUGAGAAGCCUGCUCUGAAGAAUCUCUUCAUUAUUGGUGUCUCUUUAUUUUAUCUUGUUGGUCUCUUCGAUUUAUGGGGCGGCCUCAGGACAUUAGCGAUAAGCUCAGUAGGGGCAUAUUGCAUCGCCGAAUAUAUAAAGGGGCCUUUUAUGCCAUGGAUCAGCUUCGUGUUUCUGAUGGGCCAUCUGUCAAUAAACCAACUCGCGCGUCAAUUCGUGAAUGACCCAGGAUCGGUAGACAUCACAGGCGCCCAGAUGGUUUUGGUUAUGAAGCUUACAUCGUUCUGCUGGAACGUGGCAGAUGGUAGAUUGCCAGAGAAGGAUUUAUCAGAUUUUCAGAAGGAGAGAGCCAUCAAACAACUCCCAAGCCUGCUCGACUUUGCUGGUUACGUUCUUUUCUUCCCAUCUCUUUUUGCCGGACCCGCAUUCGACUACGUCGAUUACAGGCGAUGGAUCGAGACGACGAUGUUCGAAGUUCCUGCUGGAGUUGACCCAUCAAAGAAGCCUCCCACAAGAAAGAAGAGGAAAAUCCCUCGAAGCGGGACUCCCGCAGCUUGGAAGGCUGCUAUUGGGAUUUUCUGGAUCCUUCUAUUCCUUAAGCUGUCUGGCAAAUAUUACCCAGACCUCUUAAUAGCCGACAAAUACAUGACCUAUGGCUUCGUCCGUCGAGUCUUGACUCUUCACAUGGUCGGGUUUACCACUCGUCUAAAAUACUAUGGUGUUUGGUCAUUGACAGAGGGUGCUUGCAUCCUUUCUGGUCUUGGCUACAAAGGCGUGGACCCCGUGACCGGCAAGGUGUCUUGGGACAGACUCCGGAACGUAAGCCCGUGGGGUGUGGAGACUGCUCAGAAUACCCGUGCGUAUUUGGGGAGCUGGAACAUCAACACGAAUAGUUGGCUUCGAAACUACGUCUAUCUUCGAGUGACCCCCCGCGGAAAGAAGCCUGGGUUUCGAGCCAGCAUGGCCACCUUUGUUACAAGCGCAUUCUGGCAUGGAUUCUAUCCAGGUUACUAUCUAAGCUUUGUCCUUGCCAGUUUUGUUCAGACAGUUGCAAAGAAUUUCCGCCGCUACUUUCGGCCAUUCUUUCUAGAUCCAAAAACCUCACAACCCACGGCUACCAAGGUUUACUAUGAUAUAUUCUCUUGGUUGGUGACACAACUUGCUUUCUCCUUUAUCACAGCUCCUUUCGUGCUUCUGACUCUCCCGGCAUCGCUCCUCGUCUGGUCCCGCGUUUACUUCUACGCCAUAAUCGGAACAGCUCUCUCAACUGCAUUUUUUGCAUCACCGGCCAAAGCGUAUCUCAUCAAAAAGCUGAACGAGAGAUCGGGAGAAAAAGGUAAACUGCAGAGAACACAAAGCCAAGAAAGCCUUGCUGGCAAGGAACCUGUCCUGGGUCUGCCUCCGGAUCCACAGCAAGAUCUGGAAGAGGUGGUCCGGGAGGUGAGAGCAGAGAUGGCAGCAAGGAAAUGA